AUGCGUAUGCGUAUGCGUAUGCGUAUGCGUAUGCGUAUGCGUAUGCGUAUGCGUAUGCGUAUGCGUAUGCGUAUGCGUAUGCGUAUGCGUAUGCGUAUGCGUAUGCGUAUGCGUAUGCGUAUGCGUAUGCGUAUGCGUAUGCGUAUGCGUAUGCGUAUGCGUAUGCGUAUGCGUAUGCGUAUGCGUAUGCGUAUGCGUAUGCGUAUGCGUAUGCGUAUGCGUAUGCGUAUGCGUAUGCGUAUGCGUAUGCGUAUGCGUAUGCGUAUGCGUAUGCGUAUGCGUGUGAAUUCUAAGAAAAUGAGUUGCAAUGGUCGUAACUCUCCUGCCCCAAAUGAGGCGAAAUCUUUAAAUACCCCUUAG